GGGAACCCCAAUGCAUUAUUCAGUAUGGUGGCCGCCAUCUUUGUUUACGAUUCGUAACCAACCACUGGCAGGAACAGACAGCAAGAACAUGAAAUCAACAUGAUUCUAUGAAGAUUUCGAGUAACCUUAAGGUAUUCCCGAAAAAUGGCAGAGAGCCAAGCUUUGGAGGACUUCAUGACCGGAAAUGACGUACCGAGUAACCUCCCGUACCUCCACCUCUCGUUCUUCGUCCACAGUUUCGUUCCACGCCGUUACGUAGAAACUCUUGUGCCGACCAAAACACAAACGGUCGUUGGGAGCUUCGCGGAAGGACUGCGACUUCCUGCGUUUGUAGUUUUAAAACCGGACGGAACGUUUACGAAGAAAUGCCUGACUAAAGAACCCACUGUGACGUUUUUCCAUAUAAAAGACGUCAAAAUUGCACUACCUUCUGUCACCGAUGCUGAUUCAUGUCAUUACGUCAUCUCCCAGGAAAACGUGCAUGCCGGGCAUUGCCGUUUAAAAGUCCUUCAAAAUGGAAGUAACGAAAAUGAACAAGAUUUGUCUGUAAAUAAAAAAGGUAUUAUAUAUUUAGGCAGCAGUCUAUCAAAGAAGAAGUUCCAGACCAAAAUCUCCUCUAACAAAAAAGCGAUAGAUUCCAUGCUAGGCACAUUGCUGAAUUCCGGAACCGGAAAUGGUCUAGACAUGAAAUUUUCAGAUAUAUUUACCGGAAUUCCUGAGGAUUCCUUGGACCUCCGUCGUCCUUUUACCUCUCAGGGUCUCCGAGGUGUCUUACUCAGCGCACGACAGGACCGUUUUAAACAACAGUCAGCAAGCGAUCAGACUGGUCUAAUUCAAGAAGUAGAGCAGUCAGAGGUGACUCAUGAACUGGCGAUCCUUUAUCCCGGAUGGCCAACACAAGCAGACGAAUGGGUAUCUAGAAGACGUCUGCAAAAUUGGCCCUCAGAGAGCGGAGUGGAAAAGGUUACGUCGAUGGGCUGCCAUAUCGUUCCGACACCUCACUGCAAAAGCUCUCAAUCCGACAUUGAAUGGCGGUUAUCGUUUGCCCUUGCGGAAAAGACUUUGAUCAUGGAAGAACUUGCCGACUCCCAAAGACAAUGCUUUCUAAUGUUCAAUAUGCUCUGUGUUCACGUUAUAUCAGAAGGCAUGAUACACCAGCAUCACAUACGUUCCAUCUUUUUUUACGCAUGCGAAAACCUGAGUUCUAGUCUCUGGCAUAAGAAUCCGGCCUACUGUGUGUUGUAUCUUUUAGACCAGUUGUUGGAUGCAGUGAAACAAAAGUUCCUACCGGACUAUUUCGUCAAGAAAAAUAAUCUGCUAGACUUUUUAUCAGAUCUGCAGUCCUCCCAGCUAGAGAGAAGGUUUACAACGAUCCGAAGGCGUCCCUUAGAGGAACUAUUUUCUCUCGCGGAGAACUACACAAUUUUGGAUGUCUUUCCCUACAAUACAGAAGUAAAGAAGAUGUUUGCUCAGGUUCUGGCGGACGCGAAAGGAUACAAGUCCAGUGCCCAGGCCAAGAAAACGGUUGAAAGUUUUAUGAUAGUGUGUAAUGGGUUAUGCAAUGGAUUUUACCACGAAUAUGGUUUCGAACAUUGUGCUGCAAUUUUCGAAGAUGUCAUUGAUAACUUCGUGGUCCCUAUUUAUGGUAAGACCGACGCCGAUAAGCAGCGCGACUACAUUCCUCAUCUUUUGAAUGAAAAGAACAUCGAAUUCAGCAACGUCCUAGAGAUAGAAGAGAUUUGGAAACCGAUUACAUUCUGUCGGUUUCUGAUAACUAGAUAUGUGGAUGGGAAAAAGGGGCCUGGGCUGUAUGAGCACUUGGCUUGUCUCUAUCAUGCAGCAUCGUGUGUAUUUAAGGCCAACAAAAAAGAUCUGAUACAGAAAGCCGACGCCAUGUUUCAAGAAGCUUUGAAUCGAGAGGGCGAAGGUCACGGCGCAGGCUUAUUCGUAGAAUACGGUCACUUCCUCUGUGUAUGUGAGAAAUACACAGACGCAAUCAAAAUUUUAAGACGGGCUGUAGAAUCUGAAAUAGACAGUCCUACGAGUGUUAAUUACUACGGUAAGAUGGAAUCGAUAACUAUGGACGAGAACAUACAAAGGGAGAUAAACGCCACCGGAAGUCUGGAACUCCUGUCCGUGAUAUACGCAUAUUAUUUGUUGAUUCAGUGCUAUGUCCAAACCAAACAGGAAGCGGAUCUGAUCACCACUGUGCAGGACAUGGAAUCAAUGUGUGACCGAGUGAAGGACCCCAAGGCUUAUUCCCUGUUGGGAUACAGUCUUCUACGGACCAAAGAUAAACAGAAGGCCCUGGGUGCAUUUAAAUGUGCGCUGGAUCUUGAUCCCAAAUGCAAACUAGCGAAAGAAAACGUAGCAAAACACAAGAAGAAAAAGUAGCCGUGGCCAUAUUGUAGAGUAAUAUGGUGUCUGUGUUCGUGUAUUUUGACAUGAUUGGUAAUAAAUGUUGAUUGUUUCGUAAUCAAUACACAUAUUAUAACAUU